AUGCUAUGUGAGAAGGAAGGCAUUUCCGAAAAUAUUCAGGAACUCUUUUUUUCUUGCGAGCAGCUCAAGGAUGACCACAAGCUGGUUGAUUAUGGCAUUCAGCCGAACUCCAAUCUCCAUCUCGUCUUCCAAAAUUUGGGUUCAAUAAAAUUCUUAGUCUACAUACCAUCACGCAAGAAAACACUUGAACUCCAAGCAAAGGCUCGUGAUACUGUCCAAAACAUCAAAUCCUUGAUUCAGGAAAAAGAGGAUGUGUUGUCAAUUUCUGUAAGAAUGCUUAGUGGGGAGAUCCUGAAACCUGAAGUUAAGUUCUUGCACACAGUUCGUGAUGUCAAGGCAAUAAUUGAGAGUAUGGUUGGAUUUUGGUGCAGUGAGCAGCAUGUACUGUACGAUGAGAAGCGACUCGAGGAUGGGAAGACUUUAGCUUUUUAUAACAUCAGAGAGAACUCCAUCUUAGACGUGUGGCUUGAGGUGCCUUCCUUUCAGAUAUUUGUAAAGGACGGGAAUGGAAAAUCAUUAAUUCUUAAUGUUCACGAACAUGACAUGAAGAAUAAGAUUUUCAGUAAGGCGGACAUGCUGGUUGAUGCCCAUUAUCUUGUGUUUGGUGGAAGAACUUUGGAGGAUGACCGGGGUUUGGCUAGUUACAGUAUCAAGAAACUUUCCACUCUCCAAAUGCGUCUCCACCACACCUACCAAUCGCCAAAAAAAGCUAUGAUCCAAAAAUUAUUGAAGAAACCCGGUGAAGUUGUAUUUCAAUUGCCUUUGCAGGAUCACUUUUCUCUGGCCGAUGUGCUAUCAGGACGCAUACAAUGA